AUCGAAUCACUUCUCCUGUAGUCAAAUUGUCCUGCCCACGACAUCUUCGCGCGAAUUCAUGGCGAUGUGCUUUGGAUUCUUUUCCUGGUCGCCGCUCGCCAGUUAGUAAAUUAUUCCCAGUCCCGCCAGAUCACGCGAAACAGGCCGUAUUUCCUGGAACAUGGCGCCAUUCUCAAGGUCAGAAACUGUGCCAAGAAAUGUAUACUAUCCUGGUGAUGCGCCCACAUGUUCACGGAGCACCAUGAAGCUUCGUUGACAAUAGGGAUUCCAUACUCUAAUCAGCAAUAAACAAACAAAUAUGUCGGCUUAAACAAACUUGGGUUGUUUAACAUCUGACAGGUACAUUUUACUGUACUCACUAGCUGGGGGGGCUAAGCAGUGUUGGGAGUAGUAAAUCUGUACUAAAAAUAAGCUCUGUCUGGCCAUUGUGUCGGAUCCAAGUUAACAGUACUGCUCGUAUACGGUAUAUGUACAUACGCACUAUCCGUUGGAUGGUUGGUCGUACAUAGCUUAGCUUGUAGGAGUAUUUAUGUAUAUCUUGCAUCGUUGCUGAUUCCGGAUCUAUCACUGUCCUGCGCCCACCCACCAUUCAUCAGCUCUGAAAGUAUACUGGCACAGAGUGGCUUCAGAGACAUCUGCCAUUCUUACCACAAUCCUAGCUUGGCAACUACACAUAUUGGAGUUGGAUCCUCGAGCAAACAAGGAGGCGAACCUGGGAUGCAUUCCAAUUCCUUGUUUGAUGGGAGCAGGCUUUGUACACCCAAAAGAGCCGGUCGCACCCCAAUGAAAAUGCUAAUAGACGACGACGUCUAUAGAGAUGUCACUGCUAGGCACACAUCGCCUGGUGUUGUGGGAAGGCUUAUGGGCCUUGACAUAAUGCCUUCACUUGGAGUUCAUAGCAAAGAUACAUGUAAUGGGGACCGUUCACAGGGCAGGUCGCCAGGGAGUUACAGUGAUAUAUCAGGGCAUUGUAGUGACAAAUAUGCUUUCUCGGGAGAUGUUCCGUGUAGGGCAAGCACUGAUGAGAUUCCAGAAUUCAAAGAUGUUUUUGAGGUAAUGGAGACCACCAGAACCAAGAACCGAAACCGUAACACUUGUCCUGGACAUGACAGGGUUAACUGUGCUGACCUUAAUUUUGUAAGGCAGAAGUUUAUGGAUGCAAAACGCCUUUCCACUGAUGAAUCUUUUCAGAGAUCGAAAGAGUUCAAUGGUGCGCUAGAGGCAUUGGUGUCAAAUAAAGAUGCUCUCAUGGAAAUUCUUCAAGAAUCCAAUAAUGUUGCCGCGAGUGAUCUGUCCGGUCUCGGUUGUCCUCCAUCCUCUGGCGUAAACCGGAUCACGCUGUUGAAACCAUCCAGAAGAAGUAAGUUUAUUGAUGCAGAUAUUGUGUAUCCACCAGAAGAUGACACUGAACGGUGCUUCCACUCACCAAAAGAAGCAAAGCAUUCUCCAAGGAAGCCUCAUAGUAACUUUUCUAGUGAAGCUCCCAAAGAAGAAACUGGCUCUUUGAGACAAAAAUUGUCUAGGUCAAGCUACAGGGAGAACAUCGAUAAGCGCAUUUCUCCCACUCGGAUUGUUGUCUUGAAACCAUGCCUCGAUAAAAAUCUGAACAUGGAAGGAGCAUUUCCAAUAACCAAUGACAUGUUCUGCUCCAGUUACAGAAGGACCCAAGCAUGCCUAGAUGAUGGCAUUCAAAGGCAGAAUGCAGAAGAAUCCAUGCCUCAGAUCUCCACAGCACACUCCGAUGCACGAUGCCAAAGAGCAAAGGGGUCCAGAGAAAUUGCUCGGGAGGUUUCAGCACAGAUGAAGACAGCUGCUGUCAGGGGAGGUACAAAUGGAAAACAGAAACUCAGUCCAGAUAUUGGGACGUCGAACCGGGAUGAGCAGGUGUCUUUGUUGACAUCCAUGGCUAAGCUAAAAAGUUCGGCAGCAUUGCAAAGACCUUCUGGUCCACAUGAUGCCCCGGAUGGUUCUUGCGCAGGGACUUCACCGACACAUUCAGCUAAGAGAUCCAUCAGGAAGGAAGCAAGGAGACGCCUAGCAAACAGAUGGAAGACGACUCAGCAACAUCAACAUCCAUCACAAGAUGGUAAUGCUACAUUCAGCACACUUGGGGACAUGCUUGCUCUGUCUGACAAAGAGACCUCAAAGUUUACUUCAGGGGCAGCAGCUAGCCGGCAAUGGCCAGAGGGCGAGUCACAUAGGGAUGUGAUUCCAGGAUCAUGUGGUUAUCCUCUUGGUAUCAGCAGCAAUGAUGGCUGGAAAGAUGACAGCAUAUGUGGCUUAACAAGGCUGGAGUCUGUUUCUACUUCAUCCAUCAACCGAGGGAGUCCGAAAUCGAGCAGCAGAAAAGCAAGUUGCACACACGGUGAAUAUUCUAUGGCAGAGAACAUCAUCGGAUCAGGGCCUUAUGAUUCUGAGGAUCUGCAUCAGGACAGACCAAGGAGAUCGUUAUUCAGAAGUUCGACAUAUCGCUCUGAUGAAAGCGAUGUGCAGUCUCUGGAUGAGGUGCAAAGUGUGGUGACCGAGCGCGAGAUCCAUGUGAAUUUUGAAGAACCAACUUACACCGGUGCAGUGCCAGAGCUAUCUGAAACUGGAGGAAGACUUGUGCACGGUGGAAAUUCUGGCCAUUUAGAUAGCAGCCGUGCAGUUCCAGAAUGGCAGGGGGAGGCGCAGUCUUCUGCACAGAACAUGAUGCUGGACCAAGAGCACGCAUUCGCAGCAGAUGACCAUUUUAUUGUCCCUAGUCCUAGAUAUUCAGCGUCUCAGAUUGAGGGGAAUGGGCACGACCGAUGUGAUGAUAACGAAGCUCCAUCCGAUCAUCUGACAGAACUAGUAUCCGUCGUGAGCUCCAACGAAGACGAACAACCUAGUCCGGUGUCCGUCCUCGGAUCGUCCGUGGACGCCGAGGACUGUUGUUCAGGAGGUUUUGAGAAGAUAAGCGCAGGCCUUCAAGGGCUCAGGAUGCAACUUCGGCUGCUCAAGAUGGAGGCGACGGGCGACGCAGAUGACGGCACCGACCUCGCCUUGUUCAGUGACGACGACGAAACCGCCGCGAGCUGCGAGCUGGUCAACGAAAGCGCGCCGACAACGUCCCGUGCUUUCCGGGACGAAGACGAGAGGGACUUCUCCUAUGUGGCUGACAUGCUCACAUUUCUAGCCAGCCGGAGCUCCGAGCACGACCUCCUGCUCGGCGCGCGCUAUCUGUCACCGGGGUCUCCGGCGCGCGGCGACGCGUACGACGAGCUCGAGAGGAAGUACGGCGAGCUCGUCCUGUGGGCGCGGCCCGAGAGGCGGCUCCUCUUCGACCUGGCGAACGACGUGCUCGUCGAGGUGGUCGCCUGCUGGACGCAGUGCGGCGGCCAGCAGGGGCUGGCGGGGAGGUGUCGGCUGGGCAUGGAGUGGGACAUGGAGAGGGUCGUGGAGGAGGUGUGGGAGAGGGUGCGCCGGCAGCGGCGCGAGACGGAGGGCUUCCAGGAGGAGAAGCUGAUGGGGGUGGCGUGGCUGGACUGCGAGGACGUCACUGAUGAGAUGGUGGAGGACAUUGGGAGCAUGCUGGGUGAGGAUCUCCUGGAGGAGGCCAUAGCUGACCUGUAUCUGCUGGACCUUUUUGGUUAAGGGAGGAGGAGCUUUCAUGCUGCAUUUUUUGAGAUAAAUAAUAAAAGCGCCCUUUAUGGAAAAAUUUGGGAUUUGUGAAAGUGGUGCUAGUGUCUUGGGUUUUGCUCGGUUUAAGAAAUUGUUAGUGGAAGCAAAACUCUGUAGCUUGUUUAUGCCAGCCCAGGUAGACUGGUGGCUGAUGCAGAUGUAAUAUUCCAGUUCCGUGUAUCUAUAUUCUACAUAUAUAUAUAUAUAUAUAUAUAUAUAUAUAUAUAUAUAUA